AUGACUAAGAAGAGAAGCUGGAAGAACAACGAAACUGUGAUACUGACCGAAGAAUGCAGUGCUAUCAUUCAGCACAAAUUACCCCAAAAAUUGAAGGAUCCAGGGAGUUUUCAGAUCCCCUGUGUCAUAGGUGAGAUCACGGUAGAGAAGGCUCUUUGUGACCUAGGAGCCAGCAUCAAUUUGAUGUCAGUAGCUAUGAUGAGGAAGAUGAAUAUCGAAGAGGCUAAACCAACAAAGAUGGCCCUACAAUUGGCAGACCGAUCAUUCAAGUUCCCUCACGGCAUAGUAGAUGAUUUGUUGGUAAAGGUGGGAGAGUUCAUAUUCCCAGCAGAUUUUGUGGUCUUGGAUAUGCAAGAGGAACCCAAGGCUUCCAUUAUCCUGGGGAGGCCCUUCUUGGCCACUGCAGGAGCUGUCAUUAAUGUCCAAAAAGGUGACCUCACCUUGAGAUUACACAAUGAAGAGAUGACCUUCAACGUAUUCAAGGCCAUGAGUUACCCACCAGAGCAAUUCGGGGAAUGCAUGAGGUUAGAUGCGCUUGAGGAAGAAGUACAUGAGGACUUUGAGGAAGAAGAACCUGAAGAGCCAGAGAGCGUAGUAGGGGAGGAAUAUGAAUCAAGUGAAGAGGUUGCAGCAACAGAAAUUCAUACACAAGAAGCGCCCAAGGUGGAAAAUCAAAAGUCAGAGGCACCAAAGCUUGAGCUCAAAGCACUGCCACCUACUCUCAAAUAUGCAUAUUUGGGGAAAAACGGAAGUUACCCAGUAAUCAUAAGCUCAUCCCUCAACCAGGAUCAAGAGGAUGAACUACUCCAAGUACUGCGGAGGCACAAGGAUGCCAUUGGAUGGACUCUUGCUGACCUGAAAGGAAUAAGCUCAGCCAUAUGCAUGCACAAGAUACUGCUAGAAGAAGAUGCCAAACCAUCCAUUCAAUCUCAAAGGAGGCUGAACCCAAUUAUGAAAGAGGUGGUGCAGAAAGAGGUUAUGAAGUUAUGGCAGGGAGGGGUGAUAUACCCUAUCUCAGACAGCCCACGGGUCAGCCCUAUACAUAUUGUCCCAAAGAAGGGAGGAAUAAUUGUAGUUCCAAAUGAGAGGAACGAAUUAAUUCCUACAAGGACCGUCACUGGAUGGCAGAUGUGCAUAGACUACAAAAAACUCAAUGAAGCUAUACAAAAAGAUCAUUUCCCGCUUCCAUUCAUGGACCAGAUAUUGGAACGACUUGCAGGAGGAAUAGUGCUUGGUCAUAAGGUUUCUAACCAGGGUAUUGAGGUGGACAGAGCUAAAGUGGAAAUUAUUGAAAAACUUCCUCCACCCGGUGAUGUCAAGGCAAUUAGGAGCUUUUUAGGACAUGCAGGGGCAGUGUUAGGACAGAGGAAAGAUAGCUUAGUCCAUGUGAUAUACUAUGCCAGCAGGGUCCUUAAUGAUGCUCAAAGAAAUUAUACCACAACCGAAAAGGAACUGCUGGCAAUAGUAUUCGCAUUUGACAAGUUUAGAUCAUACCUCAUUGGUGCAAAAGUGAUUGUUUUCACAGAUCACACAGCACUUAAAUAUUUGUUUGCUAAGCAGGAAUCAAAACCAAGACUAAUAAGAUGGAUCUUAUUGUUGCAGGAAUUUGAUAUUGAAAUCAGAGACAAGAAAGGAGUGGAGAACAAGGUAGCAGAUCACCUCUCCAGAAUCUCUCAGGAUGAAGGUGGGGGACAUGAUACUCAAGUGAACGAGAUCUUCCCUGGUGAGCAGUUGAUGAUAGUUCACAAGGCUCCAUGGUUUGCAGAUAUAGCCAACUUCAAGGCAACUAGGGCUUUACCACCAGAGAUACAUAAACAUCAGAAAAGAAAGCUCAUGAAUGAUGCAAAAUACUUUGUCUGGGAUGAGCCAUAUCUCUUCAAGAAGUGUUCAGAUGGAGUCCUCAGAAGAUGUGUUUCGGAAGAAGAAGGACGAGAGGUGCUAUGGAAUUGCCACAGCUCAAGUUAUGGAGGCCAUUUUGGAGGGGACAGAACUGCAGCAAAGGUUCUACAAAGUGGGAUCUUUUGGCCAACCCUUUUCAAGGACGCCAAAGAACUAGUAAAAAGUUGCAACGAAUGCCAAAGAGCAGGAAACUUGCCCAAAAGAAAUGCCAUGCCACAAAAUUUCAUUCUAGAGCUGGAACUGUUUGAUGUGUGGGGAAUAGAUUUCAUGGGGCCAUUUCCAACUUCAUAUGCAAACAAGUAA